AUGCACAGCGCGCCGCGGACGAGUGCACCUGUGGUGCAUCGCCUCAGCCUCCCUCGCCAGACGCGGCUUAUCGUGAUUCGACAGCAUACGUCUCCGUGGCGCUUCGCGGCAUCGACAGCAUCGGCGGGGACUCUUCUUCUCAGCCACAGCAGCAGGAGCGGCGCCUCUGCGGUGGCGUGUAGCUGUCUGUCGUUCCAGCGCGCGCACAUCCGCACGGUCGUUCCUCCUCGUCCGGCUGUAACGACACUUGUAUACCUGGACCACUUCGGCCGAGCGGUGCGCACCGGCGUCGAGACGGACCUCUCGCUCAUCCGCACCCGUGACAACAAGUUUUACCUGCAGCGGGUGCUGCCCGAUGGGGAAGUCGUACGGUGGUUGGCGCCUGGCCUCAACUAUCUCAAGAACGUCACCAACUUCGAAACGUACGCGCUCAACGAUAUAGAUGAGAACGGUGGCAUUGUUAUACCUGCUGAUGUGAUGCCGACGGCGGCCCACGACCCACCAGGCUACCGCGACGCCAUCUUUUACAUUACGAAGCUUGAGGCGACGAGCAAGUUCACACGCAAGGAUCGCCGUCGCUGGCACCGACGCCUCUUCGCGCACUGGAAAGAAAGCCCGGAGAAGUACCUGAAUCAUGCACUGGGCACCUACGGCAUUACCUUCCUUGUGGUGCUUUGGGUCUGCGUGCGCGGCUUCCACAGCAUCAAGAACCAAAAGCCGUUCUGGGAUAUAAACGUGUAUGGCCGCACCGACGAGGAGCGAGAGCGCACCGACCCGUGGCUGCGGCUGAAGCGCUUCUCGGAGCGCCACCCGGAGCAUGAGGGGGUGGACAUGACCGUGACGAUGUUAUCGCCUGGCCAGUCGCGGCUGUCGAGUGCCCGGUCCGAGCUGCGUGAGUCGGACUUCACAGAUCCGCACUACCACAGCGAGUUCUGGUGGAAGGUGCGGCACUGCUAUUACUACGGUCACUGGCCGAAGGGCAUGGCGGAGUAG